UAAUGGGGGAUGCCAGCGAGUUGCAGUUUUUUGAAAAACUCGAGCCACCACCAGAAACAGAAGAACCAACACCAGUUUCCGGUGGUUACUUUUCAAACAUUAUUGGGCAAAUAUUCCGAAGCGAUGGAUCGCCGCAGCCAAACGGAGUUGUGCCUCCCACAGAAGAAAGACAGAACUUGGAGAGGACGGAGUCUGGAGAAUCCCGAACAUCCGAAGAAAGUGGCUUUCAAAGAUCUUUAACCGAUAAGUUCACAGGAUUACUCAAAUCAAAAGUUAACCCGCAGCUCAAAGACUACAACGACAGCAAUUUCAAACAAUACUGGAUGCCUGACUCAACGGGAAGAGAGUGUUACCAGUGCGAAGAACGGUUCACAACUUUCCGACGACGUCAUCAUUGUCGACUUUGCGGACAGAUUUUCUGUGCAAAAUGUUGUAGUAGUCACAUUGACGGAGCAGCUUUGGGAUACAUGGGCGAGCUCAGACUUUGUGAUUACUGUGCUCGAAAGGUUCAACGACUUGCCGAAGAGGGAAAGCAGACGCCGACGACGUCGACGACAAGAAGUCAGACGCCAGUGAACAGCAGAAAAAUUAGCUUUGAUAGGAAUACUGCACACAAGAAUUCGGAUACUGUGAGAACAGUUUCGAAUGGAGCUAUUUGGUCACUCUGCCCCCCAGAAUCGUCGAUGCCUCCGGAAAUUACAUCCCCACCUCAACUUGGAAGCCGCCGCAACUCGUUGGCUCAAAGUAGCAAUGGUCCAGGAGUUCCGACAAUUCUAUCAGUUGCGGAUCUCUGUGCAUCAAACUCGGCUAUGCUCACAAACAGUCAUUCCCAUCCAAUGAUCACCGAGGAAGAGGAAUCGGGACCAGACUGGUUUCGAACAAUGCAUCCUGGAAUGGACGGUGUUAUCAACAAUGAAACUUCCGACUCAGCUGAUGUUUUUGCGUAUGCAAAUCUCGCUGGAGCGAUAACCAACGAGUUUACAGAAAUGAUGGAUGCCAGAGCUGCGGAGCCAACCUCAGCCACUACUGAUCGUAAAAUCACCUUUCCGUCCCUGUCACUUGAUGAAUCCGUUAUGAACGCAGCGAAGGAAGAACAGCGGGACAAUUUGGAAGAGUUGUUCCGCCGAAAUACUGAACGAAUUCUAGACGAAGUGAUGAAACGAGAGUACAUCCGAGAAGACAAAUGGAGAGAUCUAAUUCUGAAGAGUGUCUAUGAAGUAGUGGAGAAUGUAACUGUGAACGUUCCAAGUGGAGACACAAUGAAUAUUGCUGACUACGUACACGUCAAGAAAGUUCACAAGAAAGAAGGGAAAGUUGAUUCGGAAAUCAUUUGGGGAGUGGCUUGCAGUAGAAGUUUAGUCUACAAAAGUUUGUCAGAAGAAGAUGAAAGCAGCCAUACGACCGAGUCAAUUAUGAUUGUUAGCGGUUCAAUUGAAUAUGAAAGAGUCUCAAACAAACUUUCAUCUAUUGAGCCGAUUAUUGUGCAAGAAGAGAAAUUUUUAGAGAAGCAGAUUGAUCGAAUUGCCACCAAACGUGCUUCAUUGAUUCUAGUGGAAGGAGGAGUCUCGCAUAUCGCUGCUCAACUGCUUCACAAGCGUGGAAUCAAAGUAGCGGUCAAUGUGAAAAUGAGUAUAUUACAACGUAUUUCAAGAGCCACUGGAGCUGAUAUUGUCUCAAACUCAGAUUCUCAGUUGGUUGAGCAAAAUUUAGGAUGUUGCCCGGAAUUUCAACAACGGAAUAUGCAACAGGAGGACGGAAGGAUCAAGACUUUGAUGAUCUUUGCUGAUUGCCAAAAGGAAACUGGAUGUACAGUGCUCUUGCAUGGAGAUGAUUUGAAAGAAUUAGUGGCCGUGAAACGUGUUGUGCAGUUCCUGGUCACUAUUGUCUACUCUAAUUACUUGGAGCAAUCCUAUCUAAAUGCUUUUAAUACUACAAUUGCGAGGAGACAAUCUGAUUGCGUUGUUUGUGAAAAACGCCGUGCUAUCGUUUACUCGCAGGGUGAAAAGACUGAAUUUGAAAAGAAUCUCUAUGCGACGAUGCUGUCAAGCUCACCAGUGAUUGAAUUUGAGCCACCACUUUUGGAGACUGCAACCGGGAGGGAAUGUCCGCUCAUUGCCUACUUCAAGCAACCACUGUAUAAACUUUUAAAGCCUGGCGAUGUUGAGCUCAUCAAGCAAGGAUACGAAGAAGAUAUUGUACCUAUCCCAAAGAAAGAACCACUUCUGGUAGACCGUCGACACGCUUUUGCUCAAUGUAAUCGUGGUGCGAUCCUUGACAAUGUGGCAAGAUCUUUCCGCCUUUUUGGAGGAAUCAAUUUUCGGCGACGAACUGCUCAAAUUGUGAAGCAUAGAAAAAUUGUGGAGACCGAGAAGCAGCCAUUCCGUGCAAAGGAUGUUUUAGAUCCAAGAGUUCAUCAGACACUUGCUGUCCUUUUUGGCUCGUUUUCUCGAAAGUCACCCAACGCUCCGUACUUUUGUGUACGUCCGUGGGUGGUAAGUAUGCAGUACUACAAGGACCAUGAUAUGACAAUCGGAGAGUUUCUUGUGAAGUUCUGUUUUAAUCGUAGUUAUGAAUGUCCGUCAUCAAACUGUGAGGUACCUAUGCUGGAUCAUUCAAGAAAGUUGGUUUAUGGAAAAGUUUGCGUAGAAAUUUCAACUCAAACUGUGAACGAAGCAGAAAACGCCAUAGAAUCAGAACAGCAGAAGAGCAUCAUGACAUGGCGAAAUUGUGGAAAAUGCAACUGUUCAUCACAAAUGGUGAAAUUUGACAAAGCAAUCUGGCAUCUGUCGUUUGCAAAAUUCUUAGAGUACAUUGGAAAUUCGUGCUUCACCACCGACACAAUCUACCCAAUAACUAAUCAGAAUCAAUGCUCGCAUUGCUUUUUCCAUGAAAAGUUGUACUUUUUUGCAAUGGAUAAUUUGGUGACAACAUUCAAAGUAAUAGCGAUACGCCCCUACAGUGUUGUCUUCUCGCCCAUCAUUUGCAGCGUCAAGGUUUUGAAAGUGAGCAGAAAAGAGCUCUCGGACGAUGUCAGCAGGAUAGCCACUCUUGCGCUGACUGCUUGUGAGGACACCAACAAACAGCUGGCAGAACUUGAUGAGGAAGUUCAGAUCACUCCGAUAGUUGUCAAACUGGCUGGUGCAAUCCGGAACACAAUGGCAUUGGCAAGCGAGAGCAGGAUGUUUGCUAAAAACAUUCUCUCUGGUGAUGAGGAUCUUAUCCGGUCAAAUGAUCGGUUGUACAGAGAAGUAACUGGCACAUUUAUGAAAGUGAGAGAAGUAACAUACAAUCUGAUUGCUCUUUGGAAUGAGAAUUGUGCAGCAAUUAAGUAUCCCAAGAGAACUCCAGAAGAUAUUCAAGAGAUUGCCACACUUCAAAAACUGGAAAAUCCGUUUCCCUCUCAUCUUCACCUUGCCAUCAAGCUACAACCCAGACUUGGAGUAGUGGUACGAGAUAUUCAAGACACUCGAGGAAACUUCAAGCCAGAUAUUGGGAGUAUCAUUGCAUACGCAUUGUCUGCAGUUGACUACAAUAAGAUCCCUGAGGCAGCUGACACUGUUUCAAUGGACUCGGCUAGCUCUUCUCUGAAAUUUUCACAGAUGGAUGAUGGGGAAAACCUCGCUUCUAGUCAACACUUGGAGGUGGAAUUUGAGGAUGAAUCUGCGUCAUACUAUGUGAAAAUGCUGUACGCCGAGAAAUUCCGAAAACUUCGUGAACUUCUCAUUGCAGAAGGAGAAGAGACUUUUAUCCGUUCCCUCUCCAACAGCACUUUCUGGACACCACAAGGUGGAAAAUCCGGCUCAUUUUUCUACCGCACUCAAGAUGAUCGAUUUGUGGUGAAGCAAAUGUCACGGUUUGAGAUUCAGUCAUUUGUAAAGUUUGCCCCCAACUAUUUUGAUUAUCUGACAACGUCGGCGACCGAAAGCAAAUUGACGACCCUGUGCAAAGUAUAUGGAGUGUUUAGAAUAGGAUACAAGAGCAAGACGACUACAUUGAAAGUUGACAUUCUUGUAAUGGAGUACCUGUUUUACAAUCACAAUGUUAGCCAAGUCUGGGACCUGAAGGGCUCUCUUCGGAAUAGACUCGCAUCGACUGGAAAAAGCGCCAACGAGAUGGUUCUUUUGGACGAAAACUUUGUGAAAGACCUCUGGAAUCAGCAGCUCUAUGUGCUGCCGCACUCAAAAGCGGCCAUGAAUCAAGCGAUCAGCAAUGACAGCCACUUCCUGAGCUCUCAAUACAUCAUGGACUACUCGCUUCUGGUUGGUGUCGACGAUGACAACGGAGAAUUGAUUCUGGGCAUUGUUGACUACAUGAGAACGUAUACGUUGGAUAAGAAACUCGAAUCAUGGGUGAAAAUCGUUGCCAUUCCCGGAGCACACUUGCCAACAAUUCUGAGUCCGGAAAUGUAUUGUGCCAGAUUCUCGGAAGCCAUCGACUCGUACUUUCCGGUUGUACCUGAUCAGUGGACUGGACUCGGAUCAAUUAGGUCUUAUUAAUGUAUAAUACCCGGUUUUCUUGUGUAAAAACCUGUUUUUUUAGAUUAAUUAUUUUUCUAAUUUUUAUGUUCAAUUAUUUAUGUAUGAUGGCUAUCACUUUCUCAGCUUUUUGCCCGGCAGCCUCUCCCCGUCUACCAAUUCACUUGUUGUGAUUCUCAACAACCGGGUUGAAUUUUAUUGUGUACAGUUUGUGUUUAUUCCCGUGGCAGCCUUAUUAGUUUGAAAUCAUUGAUGCUUUGAUACUGGUCUAACUUAAUUUCUGUGAUUCACUUCUUUCUCGUAUUCAUAUUUGUUGAAUGAAAUUAUUUUAUUAUCGAGAUUUAAAUGUUUCACUUCAAAAUAGAAAUAGAAAA